UCAUCCUUGCCUCGCUUAAUGGUUUAUCUUAAGGAAGCAAUUAUUGGGCAACAGUACAACAGUAAAUGAUAAAUAAAAUAAAAAUAGUACAGUAAAUAUAUAGUAAUUAUAUAUUAAUAAAGUACUGCCUUUACUGCUAAAGUUUUCAUGACCUUCUAAACUUUUUGGAAUAAUCCAAUUAAUAUUGGGGGAAUGAAGAAGGUCUGUUUAUUUAAGCUGGUAAAUUAGUACUAUUUGUGUUCUGGUCUCUUACUCUCUCUGUCCUUUUGGCCUUUGAUUAUUUUCGAGGGCAUGACAUAAAAUUAACUGUUGGUCAGUGGUCCAGAAAAGUUGAUCACGUCUGAUUUUUCAGGUUCUACCGUAUUACUAUGCAGCUUCCUUCACGUUGCUGCUGGCUGGAUUUUCCCCCCCCUGCUCUUUCUAUACUUUUCCAGCAGCCCAAAAGUAAAAUUUCCUACCAUGGAGAUGGGCUUCUUGUGCUUUAUUCUCUUAGUUGUGCUUUAAAAAGUGUGUUGCUGAGCUAGGGAGAUUAUUUUUCUCAUAUUUUGAGAAGGGUGGGAAAGAUAAGCGGUGCCAAAAUCAUCAAAUACAGAAAAAUGUCAGAAGGAGUAAAAACAAAAAAGAGAGAGAGAGAGAGAACCAUAAACUUGCCUAAAGUCUAGCUAAGAAACCUGCAAUGCUGUGAUAAUAUUUCUAGCGACAAAAAAAAAGGAGAUUUUGCCGUUAUGAUUUCAGAGCAGCAUAAACGAGGCAAGCAUUUAAAGUGUUAACACUAUGGCUUGGUGUUCUUGAUGCGGCUCCACAAAGAUAGCAUGUGAUAUAUCGGUGCUUUUAAAUGCACUUGCUUGUUUGUGGCUCUCAAUCAUCUUGCCUGGCAAGGCUAAUGAAGGACAGAUACAUUUUCCCCUCCCGGGCCUGCAUCAUAGUUCAUUCUGCCGAACAGCAAGAAGAAACCAACCAACCAGAUGGCUGGAGAAGACCUUGCGGUGUUGACUCGAAUAGGGAGAUUCUGUCUGUGAAGGAUUACUGGAGUGUAAGACCGAACCUCUCGGAGAGCAAGCCAUACGCUGCCACUUCCUCUCCUACCACCUCAGUUCAAACUGAGAUUAUAACAGGGCCUUUUCAACAGAUUCAGCCAGGCAGAGAAGAAGCCAGCCCAAGUACAUCACCAGCACCUCAGCGCCAUUUUGACCAAGGUUUAGAAAUUUCAAACAACGUGUCUCCUGGUUUCCUUCUGGCCCUUCCAACGCUAGACGAUUUCAUUCCCCCUCACCUCCAGAAAACUUCCAACCACCAGCACCCAUUGUUUUCACCUCAGUCUGCACCACACACUCACGCAGAGCUACCUUCACUCUCAUCACCACCUCCUCUACUGAUCCCUCCAGCCACAGAAACCUCAAGCAGCAUUUUGGAGGCUGAAAGGACAGGAAUGGUCUUUCAAACAGAUACCUGCCCCCAGCCACAUGAAGCCUCUAAGCCCAGCGGUGGCCCUGCUGUUUCAAUGACGAUCAACAAAUCUUUGGGUGUUUACCCUUCCACCACAAUUGUUAACCCUACAAUUGUCCUUCUGCAGCACAACAGAGCAGAGCAGCAAAAAAGGCUUAGUAGCCUUGCAGAUCCAGUGCCUGAUCCACCAGUCAUUAAGAAAGUAGUUGAUAUAUCUCUUCGACCAAAGUUAAAUCCAAGCAAGGAAGAUGCAGUAGAGGAACAGAAGAGAACUGUUCAUAAUUCGCAGCCUGUGGCUGAUGAUUCUCUGGAUUCCAUAGGCAUUCCACUAAGAAAUUCGGAGCGAUCCAAGGACUGGUACAAGAUAAUGUUCAAACAAAUCCACAGAUUGACAAAAGACCCUCCUGAAGAAAACCCUUAUUGCCCUACCUACACAUUCCCUGAACUUCCUGCUUUUCAACCCAAAAGCAAAGAACAAAAUCCUUAUUCUCCUACUUACCAGUUUCCUGUGUCUACUCCUAGCCCUAGAUCUGAAGAUGAAGAUUCUGAGUCAUAUUUUCCACAGGAUUCCUUUGGCCAAGAAGUAACAGCACAAACUUCAGUGCCCCGUUCCAAGAGCGAGAAUGAUACCAUCAACACAGACAAGAUAAUGAAGAGAUCAGCCACCUUGCCGCUGCCCGCUCGUUCUUCAUCUCUUAAAGAAAGGAAUGAUUGGGAGCCUCCAGACAAAAAAAUAGACUCGAGGAAGCACUGGGCUGAACCUAAAAGCAUUUAUGAAUAUCGUCCAGGGAUGUCUUCUGUUCUGAACAAUGAAACAUUGGUAAUGCCUCGGGAUAUAAGCCCAGAAGAGAUAGAUUUAAAGAAUGAGCCUUGGUAUAAAUUCUUUUCGGAAUUGGAGUUUGGGAAACCGCCUCCAAAAAAGAUAUGGGAUUAUACUCCUGGAGAUUGCUCUAUCCUUACUAGAGAGGAUAGAAAGGUUGAUCCAGGAAAAAACCACUGCCUCUAUCAUACUGAAUUAGAUGCAGAGAUAGACAAAAUGGAGAAACUUUAUAAAGCCCCAGAGCAACUGAAGAACGCAGCAAGCUCCCCUCCACUGGAAACCCUUUCCGAGGAUUUGUCUCCCUACCAUCCUGUAAAAAGAGAGUUGGAAACAGAAUUUGGACAUUCCACUGGGCUGGGAAAUGAGAGGCAGAUUUAUAAAAGUGUUUUGGAAGGAGGAGAUAUCCCAUUGCAAGGGUUGAGUGGCUUGAAGCGUCCAUCCAGUUCAGCCUCCACAAAAGUAGAUUCAGAAUCACCAAGACAUUUUGCAACACUCGAUUAUAUAGAGAGUCCUGAAGAAAUGUUCCAAAAGCGCAGCAGUGAUAAAGAGAAACUUUUAGAGGACCAGAGACGGCUUAAACGUGAGCAAGAGGAGGCUGAUAUUGCAGCCAGACGGCACACGGGGGUCAUCCCUACGCACCAUCAGUUUAUCACUAAUGAGCGCUUUGGGGAUCUUCUAAUUAGAGACGAUACAAUCAAAAGGAAAUCUGGGGCAGAGAUGAGAGCUGCCAGAGUGAAGUUUGACUUCAAAGCCCAGACAUUAAAGGAACUCCCAUUACAGAAAGGUGACAUUGUUUACAUUUAUAAGCCGGUUGAUCAGAAUUGGUAUGAAGGUGAACACCAUGGCCGAGUGGGGAUCUUCCCACAAUCUUACAUUGAGUUACUUAACCCAACAGAAAAAAUCCAAACUAAAAAAACAUCACCGUUGCAAAUCUUGGAAUAUGGAAAUGCAAUUGCCAAAUUCAGCUUCAGUGGAGAUACUGCUGUGGAAAUGUCCUUCAGGAAGGGAGAAAGAAUCACGCUGAUUCGACAAGUUGAUGAGAACUGGUAUGAAGGGAAGAUCCUUGGCACCAGUCGCCAGGGCAUCUUCCCUGGCUCUUAUGUCGACAUACUUAAGCAUCCAGUGCUGAAAGACAUAUCAGGCUAUGCCUACCGACCGCCAAAUUGCAGCGUGGCUUUUCCACAGCCUUCACUGAGGCCAGGACCCGAACUUACAGAAUCGGAAAAGAACUAUGUGGAAGUUGUUUGCAAUGAGAUCUUAAACAUUGCUGAAAAAUCUGUUCAUUACUGCAGCACUCUUUCUCAGCCUGUCUUUUGUCAUAAGGGGCCGUUUAGUGACAAUAAGUCAUCUUUCAUCAUUUCUCAGCAACCACAAGUCCUGCCAUUAGAAACUGGCCUGGUCCGGAAUCAUGCCACACGAGAAACGCUUACCUAUCGAGCACUUUACAGCUACAUCCCACAGAACGAUGAUGAGCUGGAGUUAAGAGAUGGAGAUAUCAUCGAUGUUAUGGAAAAGUGUGAUGAUGGCUGGUUUGUUGGCACAUCAAGGAGAACCCAACAGUUUGGGACUUUCCCAGGAAACUACGUGAAACUACUAUCCCUUUAGAAGCCAUGGGCAGCCUCUUCGUCUCAUCUGGAGGAGGACCUGAGUGUGACCUUUCUAAAAUAAUCCUUGGGAAAGAGAAGUUUGGAAUGGAGUAGUCGAGACAGUAGGAGUGCACAUGGAACGUGGUGAAAAUGCUGGAGUUGUGCUGCAAAGUUCCUGCUUCCUUUUUUUGAACGCGCAUGGAGGAGAGGAGACAGGAUGAUAAGCCGUGGUACUCUGCUGUGUUUGUUUCUGUUUUUUUUUUUAUUCAGCUACGGGAAAAUAACAGAAGGAAACAAGACAGAGUUUCUGCUGGACAGAGGACGAAAAGAGGAGGGAGAUUGGCAGGAGCAGAGGGUGUAGACUGCUUAAACAUCCUGCAGCUUUUGUUUGCUCUUUAUAGGAAAGGCCAAGUUGUCAAGCAUUCAUGGAGCUCCUCCUCUCCCAAGGACAUAAAAACCCCAGAAGGAAUUGUAGUCCAGCAGCAUCUGGAAGGCCAGGCCUGCCCACGCUUGUUCUAGCGUUUGACAAAUUCCAAAUUGGACGGCUAGAACAAAGGAGGAUGGAAUAGAUGUUGGCCGCCAUAGUCUAUUUGAAUUUAUUCUGCAAAAUAUUCCUGAACGUGCCUUUCUAGAACUGAUAAUAUAUGUAAUUUCUGGCUGCAUCUUUUUUUUUUAAAAUAAACUAGAAAUUCGGUCAAACUUAUACCAUGCACAACUGAUUGGGGAAUAAACCCCAUUGAAUUGAUUUGACAGUUUCCCGUUAUUGGACUUUUAUUUCUGUUUUUUAUAGUCAUUUUGAUGGUGAAUUGCAUAAUGAUGCACUAAAAAUAAACCUUGUUUCUGCUGUGUUUUUUUUU